GACCUUCUCCUGGCAGCUGCCUACGUUUCGGAUGCCCAGUACAGCAGAAAUGUUCCAUUUGAAACAUCGCCUCAGGCCAUCAGACUUUACUAUUUUUAUAACCACUGGCUGAUGCGAGGAGCCACAUACUUCUUUAUUUGUGUAGACCUUUCUCUGGCCCUGUUCGAGGAACCUGCGGUGUUUCCUCUACCUUUCUUGGCUACCUCGAUCAUAGAAGUACUCUGCCUGACUGUGUUCUUUGGGAGACUGAUACAUUUUGCCAAAGUCACUCCUCAAAUGGUUUUCUGGAAGGAUACAAAAAACAUCUGCAUCAUGGUAACCAUAGCGCUGACCUUGAUCGAUCUGAUUAUCUAUGGGUCCCUGGAAGCUGUUAGCAUCCACAGCGUGAGAUGGUCAAGGGCCUUAAGGCCAGUCUUCCUAAUUAACUUCCCAGAAAGUCGUCAGAUCCGAAGGGCUUUCCGAAGCAUCCGGAAGACUCUGCCCGAUAUCCUGUACGUCUUCCUCUUGUUUAUGUUCAGUGUGCUGAUAUUCUCCCUGAUGGCCUUGAAGCUUUUUGGGGACAGGGGCCUGAAAACAGUGGAAGGAUCUUCCUACUUCACGAACAUCCUGGAGAUAGCCUUUGAGCUCUACGUGCUGGUCACUACAGCAAACAGCCCCGAUGUCAUGUUGCCUGCCUAUGACUUCAACUGGUGGUAUUCUUUGUACUUCGUAACCUUCAUCAUCAUCAAUACCUACAUCUUCAUGUCCGUCUUUCUGGCCGUGGUCUACAACAAUUACAGGAAGCACCUAAAGAAUGAGAUUCGCAAAUUAGUAUACCUGAAACGUCACAAAAUGAUAGAGGCGUUCAACAUUCUGAAGGUCAAGGUGGGCACAGAGUUUGUGGUUAAGGAGACCGAGUGGAGACAGCUGACAAAGGUGGUGGCUCCAGACAUCAGCACUUCCCACCUGGAGCUCCUUUUGAGGAUCUCCGACGAGGGACAGAAGGGGCACGUGGACAAAAUGAACUUUCUACGCUUGGCUGACCUCCUCAACAUCCAGGUAGUCACCAUCAACGUCAGGAGACAUCCGUUGGAAGCCUGGGUGCCGCGGGUAUACCAGUCACCUGCAAGCCUCUGGGUCCGGAAGAUGGUUCAGCACAGGAUUUUUGUCUGGGUGUUUGAUGUCAUCAUUCUAAUAAAUGCCAUAUUUAUUGCUCUGGAUGAGAAAAACCCCUUCAUUUCCUAUGCAGAAUGGCUUUUCCUUUCUCUUUACGUUAUUGAGAUUCUUCUGAAACUGUACACGUACGAGCCCAGAGCCUAUUUCGGAAGGAAGCAGUUCUGGAACGGGUUUGACAUGCUGAUCAUCAUCGCAGCCCUGGUGGCCACUGUGGCCAAUGCCACCAUUCAGUCAGCAAGAAAAUACAACAGUCAGCAGAUUCUGGAUAUUGUCUUGAUAUUGAGAAUACUCCGGCUCUUAAGGGUCAUCAUAAGCAUUCAGAGAUUCCGGGUUAUAGUGACCACUUUAAUUAACAUUGGCCCCACGAUGCUGAUGUUUGGCGGACUCGUCCUUGUGGUCUACUACGCAUUUGCUAUCAUUGGAAUGGAAGUGUUCCAAGGCAAAGUCCGGUUCUUUGAGCCUAAUUCCACUGCCCCUGAUUCCCUGGUGUGCGGGAACCCAGCCUUAAAGGGCUCCACGUUUGCGCGAGACAGGUACUGCAAGAACAACUUCAAUGACCUCGCCUCUUCCUUCAUUGUGCUGAUGGAGCUCACCGUGGUCAACCAGUGGCACAUCCUUGCAGGUGGCUUUGCCCUCGUGACUCACCAGGCGGCGAAGCUGUACUUCAUCUUGUUCCACAUUGUGGUCGUCAUCCUCAUUGUUAAUAUUUUCAUCGCAUUCAUCUUGGAAGCAUUCUUUGUGGCCUAUUCACUGGAAAAAAGCGAAGUAGAAACUGCUAUUGAGAAGAAGAUUCAAGAGCUCGGAGUGGGAAUCCAAGAGGAAGACAUGCAAGAUGGGAAGCUCACUGAUAACAUAGAUGCCAAGGACAGUGGCUUUAUGGGGGACAAUGGAGACAACAAAAGGAAGGCCUCGAAAGGACUGUACUUCAGAAUUGCAUCAAAAAAGUACAGGACUGUGGACGCCUUGCUGCAGCGGAUGUUUGAGUGUGAAAUUGCUCCAGAGGAUGAAGGCCCUUCCUUAGAUGAGAUUCUGAACUUCUCACCCCGUGACAUAUAUCUCAAGAAUCCCAAUUUUGAAAACAUUGCAUGAUCCUGGACUUGCAAGGCUCCACAACUGGAAGCCAAGAUAAGCUGUCAUCAGUUUUUGCAUAUGCUAUCAGAAAGGAUUUUUCCUGUGUUGUGAUAAGGCUGUGAGUGGCCCUCGCUUGUCCUGAGAGGUCAGCUGAACGGUGUGGCAAGGCUUCCUCACUGCAUCCCAGCUGGGGUCCGUCUUAGGUCUGAUCAUGGAACCAAGGAGAGGAAAAUUGAUGAAGAGACUAAGAGGCACAUUUGUCAUACACGUGUGUGUACAUGGGUAAAGUCUUCUGUGGGUAUGUAAAAGCUUUUCAUUUAUUUUUAGAUGGUGUUUUGCUAUUCUGUUAAACUAAUACUGCUGCAAUGUUACAUGAAUUUAAAUGUGGUAAAGGAAUGUUCUAGUACCAUAGCUUUUAAAUGCAGUGCUUAUUCAAAAUGGAGAAAAGUGUGGCUGCAGUAAUAUAAUUGUUGCACUUGCUUUUUUAUUUUUCCAGGGGCAGGAGCGUGCUCUUAAAGCUUCUUUAGUUGAAUUACAAUUAUAGCACGAUUUUGAGAAAGUUGCUCGCUGAGGUCACUUUCCCCAACUGGAAAUCUCCCAGUGCAGUGACAUGCUUCUUCUGGGAACUUAGAAGGGAUUUAUUUUAUUUUAUUUUUAUAAUUUUUAAAUUUGGUAAAAUACAUGUAAUAUAAAAUUUACCGUUUUAACCAUUUCUAAGUAUAGACUGCAGUAGCAUUAAGCACACUGUCACCAACAUCCAGCCCCAGAACUCUUUCCGUCUUGCAAAAGGAACACUGUACCGUAGAACAAUAAUCCCCAUUUCCCCUCCCCCAGACCCUGGCACGCACCACUCUACUUUCUGUCCCCAUGGAUUUCAUGACUCUAGACUGCAUUUGCACUUUGAGCAAGUAUGGUCCUUUCCACUCUUCUGUGUCUUGUCAUGGGCUCACCCUAAGGCAGGGGAAUUGGUGGGAGCACAUCCCCAUGACCUGAGGUCUCUGGGUACAGUGAGGCCUGAGCUGUGUGUCAUGUCAUGUGUCAUAUGUUGGGGUGGCAACUGAAGUCAGCUUGGAAAGGGCUGCUUUUCCUCGGUUCUGAGGGUGACCUCUGGGCCACAUGGUGCAGGAGCAAAGCCAAGGGCUUUGGGCACAGGCUCUGGGGCUCCCCUCCAACCAUGUCACUGAACCUCUGUGGACCAUUUCCUCAUCUGCCAACUCAGGACAAGUGACACCUCCUUCCAAAGACUGUGGGGAGCCCAGGAGGAAGAGGACGGUAUCAUGCUGACUCAAUGCUGUAGCAGUCUGCUGUGACAUGAGUCACUCUUCCUGGCUGACAGCCAUACCUGGCGUUUGGCACUGGUGCUCUAGUGUCCCACUACCACAAGGGUUCCCAGGAGUUGGGGCCUUGCUAGCCCCUCUGAUGUGGCUUGUGGAGUCCUGCCAUCCUUCCAGAUCUCUCUCAUUUCUUUGUAUUUCUAAUAUCUGUUAUUAUGUAAAGUAUCAUAAUAAAUGUACUGAGUUGCAACUUCAUUUUUUAAAUUAUAUAUAGGGUGUUUUUUUCUUAAUUAGUAAUACACAGUCAUUUAAAGAAUUCAAGCCAGAAAUAUAGUAAAAAGUCAAAAGCUGUCCGUUAUCUUUACUCUUCCUUCUCCUCACCCCUCUGCCUUUCAUUUCCCCACUCACCCCUUUUCCGAUGGUAACUGCAGAGUUCAUUGUUUAUCCUUCUGGAGCUAAAUCUAUCCAUUUACAGUUAUGUAUAUGCUGUAUAUUAACAUAUAAUUGCAUUUUUUUAAUCCUAAGUGGGAUAUCAUGACAUAUUUCAUAUAGAUUGUUCAACAAGCUGUUUUUUUUUUAACUUACCAGUAAUUGUUUCAUGUUGGUACACACAUGCACACGGUGCUGAGUAUUCCACCCAUCAGUGCUUCAUGAUUUAAGAAUUCACCUAUUCAUGGACCUGUACGUUGUCACACCUAUUCAACAUUAAACAAUAACGG